UUACAUUUGAAUCUGGUGGAGGAUCAUCCCUGAGAUUCAGUGUUGGCUGCUUCUGAAAUGCGGGAUGUCUGGUGGCAGCCUAUGGCAGCCUUCCAAGGCCCUUUCUCUUUCCUGUCUCAGGAGCUCAGACAUGAGCAGGAAGAUCUUCACAAACACCAGGGAGCGGUGGAGGCAGCAGAACGUCAACAGCGCCUUCGCCAAGCUGAGGAAGCUCAUCCCCACUCACCCUCCAGACAAAAAGCUGAGCAAAAAUGAAACACUUCGCCUGGCAAUGAGGUACAUCAACUUCUUGGUCAAGGUCUUGGGGGAGCAAACCCUGCAGCAAACAGGAGUGGCUGCUCAGGGAAACAUUCUGGGACUCUUCCCUCAAGGAUCCCACCUGCCGGACAGGACUCUACUCGAUGACUACCAGGUCCCUUCACUUGACCCAAGCCAUAGCAUUGCGUAGUGGGGCUCCAGCUGUCAUCACCCAGGGCAGC